AUGACUUCCACCUGCUGUGUCACCAAUAGCUCAGUCAAGAGCUGUCCCCAGACUUCCUCUGCCUGCUCUGGCAGCGUUAGCUGCCGGCCGGAGCUGUGCCUGGGCUAUGUCUGCCAGCCCAUGGCAUGCCUGCCCUCCGUCUGUGUGCCCACCACCUUCCGGCCAGCCAGCUGCCUCUCCAAGACCUACCUGUCCAGCUCCUGCCGGCCCAGCAGCUGCUGGCCGGCCAGUGGCGUCGCCACCACCAUGGGCACCUGUGGCUGGUACUACGAAGGGGCCUUCAGUGGCAACGAAAAGGAGAUCAUGCAGUCCCUGAACGACCGCCUGGCCUGCUACCUGGAGAAGGUGCGCCAGCUGGAGCAGGAGAACGCCAGCCUGGAGAGCAAGAUCCAAGAGGCCUGCCAGUCUCAGGUGGUCACCCUGUGUCCUGACUACCAGUCUUAUUUCAGGACCAUCGAGGAGCUUCAGCAGAAGGUUCUGUGCACCAAGGCGGAGAACGCCAGGAUGGUCGUGCACAUUGAUAACGCCAAGCUGGCUGCUGAUGACUUCAGGACCAAGUAUGAGGCGGAGCUGGCCAUGCGGCAGCUGGUGGAAGCUGACAUCAGCGGCCUGCGCAGGAUCCUGGACGACCUGACCCUGUGCAAGGCCGACCUGGAGGCCCAGGUGGAGUCCCUGAAGGAGGAGCUGCUCUGCCUCAAGAAGAACCAUGAGCAGGAAGUCAGUGCCCUCCGAUGCCAGCUUGGGGACCGCCUCAACAUCGAGGUGGAUGCGGCACCCCCCGUGGACCUGACCAGGGUGCUGGAGGACAUGCGGUGUCAGUACGAGACCAUGGUGGAGACCAACCGCAGGGACGUGGAGGAAUGGUUCAACGUGCAGAUGGAGGAGCUUAACCAGCAGGUGGCCACAAGCUCUGAGCAGCUUCAGAGCUACCAGUCGGACAUCAUCGAUCUGAGACGGACGGUCAACACACUGGAGAUUGAGCUGCAGGCCCAGCACAGCCUGAGGGGCUCUCUGGAAAACACGCUGGCGGAGACGGAGGCCCGCUACGGCUCCCAGCUGGCCCAGAUGCAGGGCAUGAUCGGCAACGUGGAGGCCCAGCUGGCCGAGAUCCGCUGCGACCUGGAGCGGCAGAACCAGGAGUACAAGGUGCUGCUGGACGUGAAGGCCCGGCUGGAGUGCGAGAUCAACACGUACCGGGGGCUGCUGGAGAGCGAGGACUGCAAGCUGCCCCCGAACCCAUGCGACACUCCUGCCUGUGCCCCCUGCGCGCCCGCCCCCUGCCUGCCGCGCACCGUCUGUGUGCCCCGCACCGUCUGCGUUCCUUGUUCGCCCUGCCCCCCGGGCCGCUACUGA